AUGGCCAACAGAACAGGUUUCUGUCCACUUACACACACAGAUCUAAUCUACUACUCACACAUUUUUGGUAUCACAGUGGAUUGGAUCAUCUUCAUCAUCGGGCUGCCAGGAAUCAUCGCAGCCAUUUAUGCAUUACGACACCUGGCCAGAGCAGACCAUGUGACCCCUGUGUUUGUCAUCAACCUCCUUAUUUCAGACUUCAUCCAAAUAGUCAUCACUGCUGUGUUUAUCCUCAGCCGGUUCUUUGACAGUUCAUUGCCUGUCUUUGUCAUCCUGCGAUGCGUCUCCAGGCUCAUUGUGCGACUGGGGAUCUCUGCCAGCUUGGGUUUCAUGGUGUGUAUCUCUAUGGAGCGGUACCUCACCGUGGCCUGUCCCAUAUGGUACCGGAACCGUCGGUCUGUGAAGUCCUCUGUGAUCAUGGUGUGUGGUGUCUGGGCAGCUUGUGGGCUUUAUGCCCUCCUGGAUUUCACACUCGUACAGGAUUUCAAUGUGUCUCUGAAGAUCUUGACAGUGAUCCUUCUGACGCCAGCUCUCCCGCUGAUGGUGUUCUGCCCACUCACCUACAGGGCUCUUCGCCACUGCAGGGCCAUACGUCAAGACGAGCGCAGGAGGAUUAUAGGGACCCUUGCUCUAGUUCUAGUUCUAUACAUGUUCCUCUUCCUUCCAUUCUGCACCAGGAACCUUUACUGCCUCCUGGCGGCCAUCAGUAAUCACAAUACAUGUCAGGACGACGUGUCACUCAUGGUCACCAGUGCUGUGCUCUAUCUAGGCCCCCUCGCGGAUCCCUUCCUGUACAUAUUCAUGAGACAGGAUGUCAGGAGCACCCGGGGCGUCUCGCUGUGCACUGGGGGGCUUCUCAGACGAGUGGUCUGCAGUGGAAGAGCCAGAGGGUCUGAGGAAGAGUCCAGGAAAACAGCUGAGAGUUCUGUGAGGCCCAUCCAGGAUAUGGGAAACCCACUGCAAGAUAUGGGCUGA